GGCUUCUCUUUCGUAUCGAAAGGCGAAGGGCGACGGCGAAGGCGAAGGACUUCUGCCGCAGAAGAGGAACCGCUUCGUCCUCGGGAGUUCCGCGAGUCUCCGCCGCCGCCGCCGCCGCCGCCGCCGUCGUCGUGGGUGGGGCGAUUGGUGGGCGAUCUCCGAUGGCGGCCUCGAAGCUCGCGAUCUCCAUGGCCGCCCCUCUCGUCUGCUGCCUCCUCCUCGCCGCCCUGAUCUGGGCUCCCUCGAUUAGGGCGGAUUCUGCCGCCGCGGCCGUGGCCGAGGUGGCGGACGCGAUCGGCGGCUCCGAUUCGUCCGCCUUGAAGGCCGAGGUCGAGCAGCUCAAAUCCAAGAUCAGCGUCCUCGAUUCCUUUCUUAAUGAGAAAACUAGAGAGCUGCAGACCAAGGACAAGAUCUUAGCAGAGAAGGAGAAAAUCAUAAAAGAGAAAUUGGACAAAGUUGCAUCAUUACAGAGUGAGGUAUCGUCUCUGCAGAAAAAGGGGAAACUGGAUGCUGCAGCUGAGAUAGGGAAGGCUCAAGCUCGGACCACUGAAUUGGAGAAACAGGUGGACAAGCUUAAAACAGAUAUAGAAUCGCAGCUAAAGGAAAAGGAAGUUUUGGAGUCUCGCUCGAGUAAAGCUGAGAAGAGGAUGAAUGAUCUAAAUACAAAACUGGAAAAUCUCCAAAAGAUCAAUGAUGAGCAGAAGUCAAAGAUACGUAAAACUGAACGAGCUCUUAAAGUGGCUGAGGAGGAACUAAUGAAGGCAAAGACUGAAGCUGCUUCAAAGCAUAAGGAGCUGACAGAGGUUCAUGGUGCAUGGCUCCCACAUUGGUUGGCUACACAUCUUUCUCAAUUUCAGUCCUUCAUUGAGUUGCACUGGAAUGAACAUGGAAAACCUGCGAUGAAUACUAUUAUUGAGAAGACCUUGGAGAAGAAAUCUCAAGCUGUAAAGUGGGCUGAACCUCACCUAGAGACGAUGAAGAAGGAGUGGAUUCCGGCAUUAAAGGAGCACUGCUUGACAGUAAAAACAUCUCUCGAGCCGCAUGUGCAUUCUCUGACUACAAAAACCCUUGAGGUUUAUGAGUCAUCUAAGACUGCUCUUACUCCACACUUGAUUAAGGCUCAGGAAGUUGUCGAUCCCUACUACCAGGAAGUCAAGAAGUUCAGCAAGCCGCAUAUCGAUAACAUUGUUACUGUGACAAAACCUCAUGUUGAUAAACUAAGGUUGACCUUGAAGCCCUACACAAAGGAAGUAGUUCGUGUCUAUGGGAAGUUCUUAAAGUCUGCGUCAAUUUAUCAUCAUCAGGUACAAGGCCAUAUUAGAAAGACAUUGAAAAAGCAUGAGUUGACAAGACCUCUUGCAACUAAGGAGUUUGAGUGGUUUGCGGCAUCUGCUCUGUUGGCUCUACCAAUCAUUAUUCUCUCGAAGUUUCUCUCAGCUUUGUUUGGCAUAAAAGCCAAGAAACCUGCACGAAAUGCUCAUAAGAAUCAUGCGCGUCGUAAGGCUAAACGCGGACAUCCUGACAAGUAGAGUAUGGAGAGGCAUUUGGUUCUUUCUUCAUCAGCAGUAUGAGAUGUGGACUCCUGCAUGUCGUGUGGCUCUCUCCGGUUGUGAAGUCAUAUUCUCAUGAACGAUCUUUCAGUUUUGAAGCAUGCUGCUCAUUGUUUACGUGAAAGUGAAAGCUUAGAUUAGUUUCCACAGGAAAGGGUGUAGUUUUUAGGGCAAUUCUGAACUUCAUGUACUAUAUAUGCACUUUUUGCGCUGUGUGUUUCAUGUAGGGGGUGUAACUUAUACAUUUUUUCUUCUGGAGAUGUUGCUUGGCAAUUCUAUUUAACAUAAGCUAGCUUCUCUCUUCUGUUUA